GAUAACUCGGUUGAAAAAUUAUUCAGCAUAAAAGCCUAAGGAAGUGUUCCUGAUACAGUACGUUAAGUUUCUGUUAUUGACUAUAAGUCGGUAAAUAGGUAAAGUAAAUCAACAGUUUGAGCUUAUAUAGAAAUCAAAGAUGAACCAGGCUCCUACUAGUGGCCCUGCAUCAAAAGUAGAACUUCACAUAGAAUGCCAGCAUCUUGUCAAGAAAGACUCAACUUCAAAAUCAGAUCCAUGUGUGGUCUUCUAUAUGUUUCAACAAGGCACAUGGAAUGAGAUAGGUAGGACAGAAAAUAUUCAGAAUUGCCAUGAUCCAAAGUUUGCCAAUGGAUUUGUGGUGGAGUAUUUCUUUGAAGAAGUACAGAAAAUAAAGUUUGAAGUGUAUGAUUUGGACAAUGCAACUCCAAAGCUAACUGAUGAUGAUUUUUUAGGAAUGUUAGAGUGUAAUUUAGCUCAGGUUAUAGCUAAGAACCCUUUUUAUUCACCAUUAAAGAAGAAAAAUGGUAAAGAUAAUAUGGCUAAUUCUACAAUUACAGUCAGGUCAGAAGAGGUUAAAGAAGGAGGAGAAAUGGCAUAUAUGUCAUUCAGUGCAAAAAAGUUAGAUAACAAGGAUUUCAUGGGUAAAUCAGACCCAUAUAUAGAGAUAUCAAAAGGUAUGCCAGAUGGCACAUGGGUUGUUGUACACAGAACUGAGGUAAUAAAGAACACACUAAAUCCAACAUGGCGUCCGUUUAAUCUAGCUGUAAAUGUUAUGUGUGGAGGGGAUAAAAACAAAGAUAUCAAAUUUGAUGUGUUCGAUUAUGACAAUGAUGGGUCACAUGAUCUGAUAGGCACUUUUGUCACCACCAUUACAGCAAUGUCAGAAGCUAUCAAGCAACAGGUAUCAUUUCCUUGCAUCAACCCAAAAAAGAAAGAGAAGAAAAGAAGUUAUGAAAAUUCAGGAACAGUUCAUCUGACUUCAUUUAAGCUUGAGAGAGUUCCUUCUUUCUUAGAAUUCAUAUAUGGAGGAAUGCAGGUUAAUUUUACAGUAGGAGUAGAUUUUACAGCUUCUAAUGGUGAUCCCAAAACUGCUAAUUCUUUACAUUACAUCAAUCCAUACCAACCUAAUGAAUAUCAACAAGCCAUACAAGCUGUGGGGGCAGUAUGUCAAGAUUAUGACACGGACAAAAUGUUUCCAGCUUUAGGAUUUGGAGCACUGAUUCCUCCUGAUAUGAAAGUUUCCAUGGAAUUUGCAUUGAAUUUUAAUGCUACUAAUCCAUAUUGUGCAGGAAUACAGGGCAUUUUAGAUGCUUAUACAAAUUGCAUACAACAAAUUCGUCUUUACGGGCCAACAAAUGUUUCACCAAUAAUAUAUCAUGUUGCCAGGUUUGCUGAAGCAGCGCAAAAAGAGGAGGCCACAAAAGGGGCACAUGCUUACUUUGCUCUUCUGCUACUGACAGAUGGAGUGAUCACAGAUAUGGAUGCCACUCGUCAAGCUAUUGUGUAUUGUUCUGGUCUUCCCAUGUCACUGAUCAUUGUUGGAGUUGGUAAUGCUGACUUUGCUGACAUGAACUUUCUUGAUGGUGAUGAUGGUGUUCUGAAAGGACCAAAUGGUCAGCCAGCUCAGCGAGACAUUGUACAAUUUGUACCUUUUAGAGACUUUAAAAGAGUAAGCGGAAAUGAUCCAAAUGCAUCAGCAGCUGAGUUGGCAAAGCAGGUGUUGGCAGAGGUUCCACAACAAGUAGUCAAAUAUUACUCAAUGCGCAAAAUUGUGCCAAAUGUUCCACGUCCAUAAGACAGCAAUACAGAAACAGAGCAACUAUAUGUCUAAUAAGUUACUUGUUGAACAAUUUGUUGAUUGUUUUUGUUAAAUCUUUUUGAAAGCUUAUUGCAAAUGUUAUAAUGGAAGCCCGAAUCAUUACCUCUUAACUGUAAGAUUAUGUAAAAAUGAAAUCAGAUAGUACUAAAUAGCAACCUGUCUUAUUAUCUUGGUCAUUUUUAUGGUACAAAAAUGUAUAUACCAUGCACCAUUGUAGUAUAGCAAGUUAUGGAAUCAUAUGGUACAUUUUUGGGAUUGGUCAUUUAAAUUUUUUUAAUGUCUGACAUCAUGGCUUAUAUAGUUGAUUCUAUAUCUCUUAAUGUGUCAGAAAGGUCAGGUUAAUGUAAAUGAAGGUAUCCUACAAAAUUUAUUUUUACAGUCUUAUUGAUCUAAACAGAUAUAUCUAGAUAGGCAACACACUAUCGUUAACUUAAUUUCAGAUUUUUGAUGACCACAUUAUAGUUUAGCAAUGAGGCUAUACUUGCCAACCUCUGACAAUGAGAAAUCAUGUCAUGGCAGGACAUGACAUGUCAAAAAGCGUGUGAAAACGAGCGACGAAGAUGCGGACUUUUUUAUAUGAACAAUGUUCAUUAUUUCACAAUACAUGAUUAUACAAAUUUGUUAAUAUAUAAUAAAACAAUAUUCUACAGUAAACUUUUAUUGUAUUCAACAGUGGUCUGUUUUGCUGCUUUUAAAGCAAUACCAUAGGCUUAGGCACAUAUUCAAAACAACUGCCAGUUUGAUUACAUUUACUUGAUAACAAGGCACACAAUGAAUCAUUGUCGAGUUCUGAUGAGACAGAAUUCAGUGUAGAUUUCUUUAUAAUUGAAAAUGUUCUCUCGCAGUCAGAAUUGAUAUUUGGCUGUACUUAAAUAGCUUGAUCAAGCUUUGAAAGAGUGUCAUAACAUUUUUUUGCCAUCUAAAAUGUCAUCUGUUAUCUUUGUCAUUGCUCCCAACGAACUAUACAAUUAUGUUGCUAUUGUCUCUGAGGCUAUUGUCUGGUCAAAACUGGGUAGUUCAUCAGAAGACAGCUGGUACUAUGAGAACUGAUCCAACAGUUCAGUGAUAUUUUCAUCCCCUUUGGCCUGUGGGAAUCUGUUGGCUAGAUUUGAAACUGAAAAAGAAAAGUAUUUUAUUAUUUGAUUACCAUUAAGCACGUUAAAUGCUUAAUCAAAUUGCUACAUUGUAGUUCUCUCACAUGUAUUGUUAUGAUUGCAACAUAGGGUGCACAAUGCGUUACCGUCUCUCGAUAAUUUAAACUUGAACUCCCAAAUAUAAUUUGUAAAUCUUGAAAUUUAUCUUGGUACGUACACAUCGUUUUCGCUUAGAAAUCGGCUCUUUAGACGACGGUACAGGUCCUGAAAGCGAACUAUUUCUGUCGACAUUUCCCCUAAGUGAAUUUGAAAGAAAGAAAGUCACAAAAUCGUAAAAACUAAUCACAAAUUACUUACCUUAAGGGCUUUUGCUGUUCGUCCAUAUAAAAAAAUAAACAAUGGCGACGAUAUUACUUCGAAAUUUUCGGUAUUUUUUGUCUUAUAAUGAAAAAACCCGAGAAUCGCGAUAUCACUAACGACCAAAAAAUCAAAACAACGAAAAAGCGUGUAAUUGCGUGUAAAGUGGCGAAACGCGUGUACACACCAUGUGACAAAAUCCUCGCGUGUAAACCGUUGAAAAAGCGUGUAUUACACGAAAAUAUCAUGUCAGUUGGCAACUAUGAAUGAGGCAAAGACAUCAAAUAAACAAUUAUCUCCAGAAACAGAUUAAUUACUACUUCUUGACAUCAAAAGGGAUAUGAUCAAAUUUCUAAAAAUAUUUUUAUCUAUCCUUUUAGAAAUAAAAAAAAAGUGUUAAUUUUUUAGUUUAAAGCAAACGAACAAAGGUAUCAGUAGUAAACAUUCUCUUAAGAUUUGGAUAGAUGGAGUCAGUCUUUUCUCAACAUCGUAUUGUUUGUAUGUUGCUCCUCCUGGCUUAGCCAUUCUGAGAUAAGAAAGUGGUUUUUUUUGAAGCGUUGAAUAUAGAUUUUUUUAACCAUUUUACAAUUAUGUUAAGUGGAUGUUCCAUAUUCUGCACACUUAGGCCUAAGAUUCAACAUGCCAUAAUUGUGGUAAAUGAUGUAAACUUUAGACAUUUUCUGUAUAUUGCAAUGUUAUUCUACAUAUUGACAUUAUGUGUACACGUAUCAUCAAAUGGAAUAGAAAAUAUACAUUGUCAGUUCUAAGGUUUUUUGUUAUUGUAUUCUUUUUUUUGUAAAUAGUUCUUGUAGUUUUUCAAAUUUUCACCAUUCUUUAAACUAUAUAUUCCUUAUUUCAUUUAUCACUCUGAUACUACUUGCAGAUCUGUUUUUCGAUAGUGCUUUGUUAUCUUUUUUCAAAAGUGCUUUUGGGUUUUUUUUUUAUGGAACCAUUUUUUUAUGUUGAUUUUAUUACUAAAAAGUGUUCAAUAUAAAGGUGGCAUUUAUCCUUCUUGUUACUUUUUAGCUCACCGGGGCCCAAAGGGCCCCAUGUGAGCUUAUGCCAUCACUUGGCUUCCGUCGUCUGUUGUCGUCGUAAACUAUUUCAAAAAUCUUCUCCUCUGAAACUACUGGGCCAAAUACCUUCAAACUUUAACUAAAUGUUCCUUAGGGUAUCUAGUUUAUAAAUUGUAUCCGAAGUUUUGAUCCAUCGACAAACAUGAAAAUAUAUAUAAACUGUAAGCAGCUAUAAUGUUCAGCAAAGUAAGAUCUACAAAAAAGUUAAUAUGACCAUAAUUGUCAAUUGAUCCCUUAAGGAGUUAUUGCCCUUUAAAGACAAUUUUACACAAUUUGUUCGUCAAGUUUGCUAACAUUUAAAAAUCUUCUCCUCUGAAACUACUGGGCCAAUUACCUUCAAACUUUAACUAAAUGUUCCUUAGGGUAUCUUGUUUAUAAAUUGUAUCCAAAGUUUGUAUCCAUCGACAAACAUGGCCCCCAUGGCUAAAAAUAGAACAUAAGGGUCAAAUGCAGUUUUUGGCUUAUAUCUCAAAAACUAAAUCUUUUAGAGCAAAUGUGACAUGGGGUAAAAUUGCUUAAUUGGUCAAGAUCUAUCGGCCCUGAAAUUAUCAGACGAAUCGAACAACCCAUUGUUGGGUUGCUGCCACCGAAUUGGUAGUUUUAACAAAAUUUUGCAGUUUUUUGUUAUUAUUUUGAAUAUUAUUAUAGAUAUAUAUAAACUGUAAGCAGCAAUAAUGUUCAGCAAAGUAAGAUCUACAAAAAAGUUAAUAUGACCAAAAUUGUCAAUUGACCCCUUAAGGAGUUAUUGCCCUUUAAAGACAAUUUUACACAAUUUGUUCAUCAAGUUUGCUAACAUUUAAAAAUCUUCUCCUCUGAAAUACAGGUGAGCGAUUCAGGCUCUUGAGAGCCUCUUGUUUGUAAUCAUACUGUUGAUUUUUGUAAAUGAAGUAUAAAUAUUGAGACAUUUACUAGUCAUUAUAGUGUAACCAAUCAAAUGGUGUAAUUUGAUAUGGUUUUUUUUUAAAUAUUAAGCAUACUAGAACUAAGAGGGAAUCAGAUAUAUUAAGGUGGUACCGAACACCUUGACUAACAUUAAUUUGGCUCGUUUAAUUUUCCUAAAAUAUUGACAAAAUGUUUACUUUGACCCUUUGACAAAAAUAUAAAAAUUUCAAAAAAUUUGAACCAACCACUUUAUCAGAAAAAUUUCUUUGGUUAUAGUGCAGUUUGACAAACACUAAUUUUGAUCAUUGAGAAGCUUAAUAUUUCCUUAACAAUACAACGUAAUUAAAACGUUUAGCUGAUUUUUACAGAGUUAUCUCCCUGUAGUGUUAGGUACCACCUUAAGAAGGUGAAAACAUUCUUGUACAAGGUGAAGACAAAGAAAACAAAAUGUAAAAAUACUGUAAAAUCUAUUGGUUCCAAGAUAUCUUAUUACAUUGGUAGCAAUGAAUUACAUUGAUUUCCCAGUCAAAUAAAAACCGAUAAUUUCACAUGUGAAAUAAACGUGGUUAUUUCACUCUCUGACGUCAUACAACAAUAGGCGUUGUCAAGACGUCGAUAACGUCGGAUCAAAACAAAGUGUGAAUGCGUAUAAAAAAGAUAUAGUUCCUUAAAUUUUCUACAUUAAUUUCAUUGAAAAAAGCCAUUUGCCAAUGCAAUAAAAAGAAUAACCAAUCAAAGAAUUCAAAUAUCGAAAAAUAUUCAACUUGUGACCGAACAACACUGAUAAUUAACUCAUGCGCUAAGCGCAUUCGUGAAUUAAUGUGUUGUUCGGUCACUCGUUGAAUAUUUUUCUCUAUUUGAAUUCUUAGAUUAGCUAUUCUAUAAAUAAGACAAAGUUGGAAAUCAAUAUCAGAAGAAGAAAAAAAUUUAACAGAAAAAAAAUACAUAAAUAUCCAGUAAGUUGUUGCUAAGGUGAAUUUUGUUCAUUACUUUUUAAACAAAGGUUUGUAGAUGGUAAAAUUCAAAUGAUAAUGGGUCCUAGUGAUUUUGAAUAUUUAUUGUAAAGUGUAUUUUCAUAUGAUAUUUUUUCUAGUUGUUCUAUUUGGGCUUCCUUUAGAAACGUGCAUGUUCAUAUAAGUUGAUAUAUUUUCUAGUAGUUCUAUUUGGGCUUGCUUUACAUCUUAUAAAGCUUAAUAAUAGGUGGCAGUUUAUUUGAUGCUAUGUUUCUAUAUUUUUAUUGGCACUCAUGUCAUGUAGGUCAGGUACAGUAAGUGACAAGUAUUGUAUAAGUUAUUAUUCUGUAAGAUCAUCUUAAUCAUAUUUUUUACAAUUUCAUCAUUUAAACUGUAUUUUGUUGUUAAAAUUUGAUAUCAAAUAUCAUAUCAUGUAUAUAUUUUGUACUACCGGUAUGCUGAACUGCUUUACAAUGCAUGUUUGCUACAAGUCUUAUUUUUUUCUAAUGAACAAGGUAGAUUGAGAUUAACUAUUAAACAUAUUUCAGAUUAUUUUGUAAGAAAGAAGUUAAUAGAAUUUAUACCUAAACUUUUGAGUAAUUGAAUGUAUGGACUUAACCUCUUGGAUAACAGAAUUUAUGUAAAAAUCUUUUGGAUAACAGAAUUUAUGUAGAAACCUGUUGGAUAACAGAAUUUAUAUAGAGAUCUUUUGGAUAACAGAAUUUAUGUAGAAACCUUUUGGAUAACAGAAUUUAUGAAGACACCUUUUGGAUAACAGAAUUUAUGUAAAAACCUUUUGUAUAACAGAAUUUAUGUAAAAACCUUUUGGAUAACAGAAUUUGUGUAGUAACCUGUUGGAUAACAGAAUUUAUAUAGAGAUCUUUAGGAUAACAGAAUUUAUGAAGACACCUUUUGGAUAACAGAAUUUAUGUAAAAACCUUUUGUAUAACAUAAUUUAUGUAAAAACCUUUUGGAUAACAGAAUUUAUGUAAAAACCUUUUGUAUAACAGAAUUUAUAUAGAGAUCUUUUGGAUAACAGAAUUUAUGUCAAAAUCUGUUGGAUAACAGAAUUUAUAUAGAGAUCUUUUGGAUAACAGAAUUUAUGUCGAAAUCUGUUGGAUAACAGAAUUUGUGUAGAAACCUUUUGUAUAACAGAAUUUAUGAAGAAACCUUUUGGAUAACAGAAUUUAUGUAAAAACCUUUUGGAUAACAGAAUUUAUGUAAAAACCUGUUGGAUAACAGAAUUUAUAUAGAGAUCUUUUGGAUAACAGAAUUUAUAUAGAGAUCUUUUGGAUAACAGAAUUUAUGUCGAAAUCUGUUGGAUAACAGAAUUUGUGUAGAAACUUAUUCAAUAACAGAAUUUAUAUAGAGCUCUUUUGGAUAACAGAAUUUAUGUAAAAACCUUUUGGAUAACAGAAUUUAUGUAGAAACCUUUUGUAUUAAAGAAUUUAUGUAGAGAUCUUUUGGAUAACAGAAUUUAUGUAGAAACCUUUUGGAUAAUAGAAUAUAUGUAGAAACCUUUUGGAUAACAGAAUUUAUGUAGAAAUCUGUAUGAUAACAAAAUUUGUGUAGUAACCUGUUCAAUAACAGAAUUUUUGUAGAACAACGAAGAUGAGACAAAAAAGUACUGUGAAAUGAUAAUAUACAUUUUAUUAAGGGUUACUUAACAUCCAUGACACAAAAUCAGUACAUUCACAGCAAAAAACACACAAAAAGCAAAGGAACAGUGCUUGUAUAACUGUUCUUCAUCUCAAAGUCACAGUGAUGCCUUCAACAAGAGGUUUUUAUUUUAGCUCUUCUAAUAUGGGUAUCAGUAAACUUAUAAUAAACUAAAUAUAAUUAGCAAUUUCCCCCUUUUUGAAUUUACCUUGGAGUUCAGUAUUUUUGAUGCAUGUAAUACUUUGACAGGAAAUUUUGUUAGUUAAGACAUGUUUCUGUUUUGUAAAGAGUUUAGAUAAGACUGGUUUCACUGAUGAAUAUUGAACUGCAACUAGUUUAACCAUACCAGAUCAGAUCAGAAAUUCAAAUGUUUGAUUAGAUAUUUGGUUAUGAACUGGAAUCAAUGUAACCACUUAAUGUAUACUGCUGUUUAGUUAUAAGUUAGAAAUGAUAAUUUCAGAUUUCGUUCUCUUUAGUUUCAUCAAUAUCAAACUCAUAUGUUAUCUGUAAUUGUAGUUUUGUAUGGAUUUAAGGAAUUCUAGGAUUAAAAAUUGACUAUGUUAUAUGCAAAUUUUUAUGAAAAUUAUGCUAGCUGUGCAAUAGAUGGAUGUAACUUUUGUCUGUUUUUCUUAAUUUAUUGAAUAUUUAGUAAUAGAAACUCUUAAGUAUAUAAAUAAAUAUCACAAUGUUGAAA